UAACAUGACAAACAGGCCCUCUGCAUCUUUCCAGGGCUGACUUAGUUCAUUUCUACCAGUUCCUGGUAUGUAUCUCAAGUGCCUUUGCACCAGAAUUGUUUCCUUGAUGCCUCAUUUCCUUGAUAGCUUUGUCAACACCUUUGCCCAGCAUACUGACAUACUUCUCUUGUUUCAUCCUCCACUUUGAGCCUGUCUUGGAAGUGAACUCUGUUUUUUUAAGUUGCUUUACCUGCUACCAGAUAUAUUUGCCCCAAAAGCUCCUUUUCUUGCAGCCAUCAGCUGCUUUUGGCUUUUUCCACUGACCUUUGUGCUUGUUGCUUCCCUCCACUGAUCUCUGUUGUUGGCUAUCAGAUAUGCAUAUGGGGUACAGAGAGAUGAAGAUACAGAGAUUUCAGGGAGAACAGAUAUCAGUAAAAAUAAGCAAAUUCAGGGUAAAGAUGUGCAAAUAUCAAGACAGAGCAGCAAGGUUGCAAAGUCAGCAAAUGUCACAGAGUGAGGGGGAUUGGUCCAUUAUGAAAUUUCAGGGCAGAGUAGUAAGGCAGGCUGGGAGGGAUUAACACAUUGCAUAGCUGAGGAUUUUUCAGUGUGUAUUCUUGUGCAAGGCCAUUUUUGUGAGUACGUUCAAUACGCUUUCCAGUGUCCUCCUUGAUGUUUAGGAAAGUGGGGUGGAAGGCACAGAAAAUGGAUGAGGGACUAUGGUGGCAGCAUCAGCAAGUUGCCAGGCAGCCUUCUUAGUCAUUCCCAGCCAUCCGCAAUGAAGUCACCUUGCUGGAUUUGGGUGUUACCACAAGCCUCCUUAAACAACCUCAAGGUGCUUUAUCUGUGAAAAUUAAACCACCCUGUGGAAACCAUGGCUGGUUCAGACAUCAUGAGAACCCACCAUGGGUGAUGAACAUGUUGAUUUGACCAUUGUUGUACAAACGAGGUCCGAAAGAGAGGCAAAAAAUGCAGAAGCCAUAAAAAGGAGGUCCAGAGGAGGGGAGGAGACCAGAGAAAGGAGACAGAGAGUACCCACACGUAUCUAAAGAGACAGAAGUGGCGGGUGCAGCCAGUGUUUUGUGAUAUGCUGUGUUCAUCCAUAAUGAUUGAGGGUGGUGCCCAAGAUAGUUUUCCAAUGUACAAAUUCAGAUAAAUCUGCUGAUUUAGGAAAGAAUCUGUCUCUAAUGUCAACAGAAGGAAUGGAUUAGAUCUAGAUUCCACCUAGAAGGCCUGAGAAGCCUACAUAAGAUUGUUCUGUAAAUUUCACAAAUAUGCAAAGUAGUAUAAUUUAUAUGCUUACUGAAUUAUAAAUAAUGCAUUUAUGUUAAGGGAGUAAAAUAAGUCUAUAUUUAAGAAGAAAGGGCUUUUGAGAAAAAUUGUGGUUUGUAAAUUUCCUGAAUUUUUGUAUCACCGAUCUAGCACAUAGGCUACAACUAGGCCAGUUAGUUGCACAGACAAGAACAGAUCAUUGCUUCAUUCAAAAUGUUGUUGUUCAUCCUGACCUGUAGUUUGUGCACUGCAUCAUUGGCCUUAUCCCAAACCAGGGCAUGCAGCAAGAUUCAUUCAUUGACUGGUGCAUGUUUAAAGCCUCCCUCAUCCCCUGUUCCUGAAAUAAAGGCCUCUCCACAUCCCCAACUGUAUCUUGUUCUGGAUCAACUGCAGAUCAUUCUCCCCAAGUCUUUGAUUAAUGACUCUGAAAAAACUGUCAUGAGAAGCUGACUGACUGGUGCGGAAUUGUUCCAGGUCACUUGAGAGAAGCGCCUUCCCCUCUCAUGAUGCAUUCCCCACAGAUGCCACAGUUCCAGGGGCUGCCACAUCAAUCUCCACCACAACCAAAUGUCCAGCCAAAAAAGCAGGAACUGAGAGCAGCAUCUGUAGUUCAGUCACAGCCUAUGGUGAAAGAGGACAAGAUGCAGUCCCCAGUCAUUCGAAAUGAGACUUUCAGCCCAGCUUUGCGGCAAGAUCCCCCCAAACAUCCAGAGAAUAUCAAGCCACCUGCACAUAUCCAACAACGAACAGAGAUUAAGCCAGUGGACAGUGGACGGCCUGUUAUAAGACCCCCGGAGCCAAAUGCACCUCCAGGAGUCCAGGACAAAGAGAGGCAGAAGCAGGAACCAAAAGCACCAGUUGCCCCUAGAAAGGAUCUGAAACUAAAGAAUAUGGGCUCCUGGGCAAGCUUGGUGCAGAAGCACCCCGCCGCACCAUCCUCAACAGUGAAAUCCAGCAGUGACAGCUUUGAGCACUUCAAGAGAGCAGCCCGGGAAAAGGAGGAGCGUGAGAAGGCCUUGAAAGCUCAGGCAGAACUAGCAGAAAAGGAGAAGGAGAGGCAGAGGCGAGAGCAGGAGAGAAUGAGGUGAAAAGAAUCUUCCUGUUGGGAACUAGUGGUUUUGCCGCACUUCCCUCAGUGCUCUAGAUCUUUUUAGUGAGGGUGGUUUAGUGGCACGAACCUUUUUGGGCCAGUGGGUGCCUUGGAACGUUGAGAAAGUCUCAUGCCCACCACCACAAAAUGGCUGGCAUGGCUAGUCACAAAAUUUGCUAGUGCAACAAAACAUACAUUUUACUGAAAGAAAACUGGCAAGGAUGGAAGAAACUGAGAGUAGGGGUCUUUGCCCCAAAACACCACAUUCUUUUGGUGCAAUGCAGGCUGCAUUUCACAGAAGGCAAGCCUAUUACUUUUUCACAUUCAGUAAAUUGACGUUCCAUCCCUUCUUCACUCUUUCCUGUUCCCCUUCUUCUUUCUCUGGAUGCAUCCACACAUCAUACCAAGCAACCCUACAAAUAAACAAUGUUGGGUGGGUGUUUUGCUGAUCAACCUAUGAUCUUCCCAACAGACAAUGUAGCUCAGUGUGGCUUGCUCUCCUCCUCAGUCCCCCACUCAAUAUCACAGGGUCUUUUGCAGGAAAAUACAUCUUGGUCCCCAGCCUCAAAAAGCACUUAAGGCCAUUGUUCUUUUUAGUUUUGGUUUGGUUUUUUUGCCCCUAAAAAUUUGGUUGUCUUUGUAAGCAUGCUUUGUUUGUCCAAUAUGUGUAGUCUUGUUAAGUGUUGAACUGACAGUUUUCAGUAUUCUCCAUUUUUCAACACUUUCCCAAGUCUCCCACUACUUCAGAAAGGAAAGAUAAUAAGUUCCACACUUUUCAUAUCCCUUAGGAGACUGAGAAUGGCCAGUUCAAGCCUUAAAUUUGUGAGGACUAUGUUGCUAGGGAGAUAAUGUCUCCAAAUGCUGCCCCUUCUUUUCUGCUUUUUCUUCUUUGUCAGUGCUUUUCCACUGAAAGCUUGACAUCUGCUCACUGGCAGCUGUGCAUACAUUAUCCUGCCUUUUGCCUUGCCUGCUGCUCUUCACAGUACUGCCAGGCACGUCUACACAUAUCCGAUAGCCACAAAUACACACUUGCAACAGACAAGAAUAAUUCUUUGUAAAUGACCUCCAAUGGCAUAGCUUUGAGGCACUGAAA